CACACACACACAUCUGACCAGAAGAAGCACAUUACAACUAAGUCACUGACUGCUGCUGCUACAGCACGGGCUACCAGGGCAGCAAGAUGCACUUGGGACAUUGUGCAUUGGAAGAAUGAAAUUGCAUUUAUUCUGUUUUUUCAUACUUUACUUGGUCUCCACACUCAGCCUGAUCACCACAGUGUCAGCAGCUAGCAAGGAAAAGAAAGCCAAAGGCAAGGGGGCAAAAGGAACCAGCAGCCUGAGUAAAAAGCACAGGGGCAAAUCUUCAGCCUCAGUGUCUCCUUCCUCCCCUGGCACAGUUGGAUCAGAGGGCAUCAGUGGGUCUUUGUGGAGCACAUCUGGCCGUAGGACUGGCAGCUUGUUCUGCAGGGUGGGCAUUGGAUUCCAUCUCCAGAUUCACCCGGAUGGCAGAGUCAAUGGAUCUCAUGAAGCCAAUCAUUUAAGCAUUUUGGAAAUAUUUGCUGUCUCUCAGGGGAUUGUGGGAAUAAGAGGAGUUUUCACCAACACAUUUUUAGCCAUGUCAAAAAAAGGAAAACUUCAUGCAACUCCCAGAUUUUCGGAUGAGUGCAAAUUCAUGGAAAGGUAUCAAGAAAACAGCUAUAACACCUAUGCUUCAGCUAUUUACAGGACUGAAAAAACAGGACGGAGAUGGUACGUGGCAUUAAAUAAGAGGGGAAAGGCAAAAAGAGGAUGCAGUCCAAGGGUAAAGCCUCAACACAUAUCCACACACUUCCUUCCCAGGAUAAAAUACUCAGAGACUCCAGAAAUCUCCUUCACUGUCAGAUCUCCGGAAAAGAAGAAGGCAGCUUCACCCAUUAAUCCAAAGACUGUACCAAAGACUGUACCCACCCAAUCGAAGAAAAACAGCAGUCCAGUUAGAUACAGACUUAAGUUUCGCUUUGGAUAAACUGGUGCUUUGCUCUUGAUAUCGGAGAAUGGAGAUAUUUUGUUCUUGUGAGUAAGGAGGUUUAAAAGAUCAAUUUAUAUGAAAGCACUGAUGGUAUGUACGCAAUUUCUUGUCACAAAUAAGUCCAAACUCAGAAGCACACAUACAGCAUUUUUUUUACUUUAGGUUUCAUUGUAAUAUGAUUGCUAAAAUACUUUAUACACGACAAGGGCAAUGUAUUUGGGUUUAAUAAGACUAUUUUUCUAAGAUACAAAUUUAUAUUGUCGUUUCAGUAGAGAUAAAAAAAAAAACCAUGCAUAAUGCGUGUUGAAACUGCAGUAAAA